UCCAUAAUCGUCAUAACUCCACAGCCACUCAUUUUCAAUUGAGUUUAUACUUCUUGAUAUACGAACCACCCCGUGUUCACCUAGACACCUCCCGGUCUCCCGGAUAAACGUAAACACCCCCAAGCAUGUAGGAACAAAGAGUGUCUUAAAAUAAAGGAAUUAAAAGACCAAGGAAAUGAAUCUCCACCGCUCUCCGCUACCAAUUAAUCCCCUCCACUCCCUUCGCAGACUCACGUCUCACAGACCCUUUUCAACCCCCCCAGCAGCUCCUCCUCCCCCAAAAGCCACUCCUUCCCGCCUUCCCACCCGUCUCCAAACAUUCAACAACCGUCUGCCCCGCUUCCUCAGGUCAUAUACAACCCCACUCUUCAAUGCGCCCGUAACACACAUAACUUCAUUCCUAAUCCUACACGAGAUCACUGCCAUAGUCCCACUUCUGGGACUAACAGGCGCAUUCCAUUACUGGGGGUGGAUUCCGGCAUUGGGGGAUGGAACGGUGGAUGAGGGUGUGAAGAAGUUUGGGAGGUGGUUGAAGAAGAAGGGGUGGGUUGGAGGGGAGGCGGAAGUGCAGGCAGGAGUAGUGGCGGAGGCGGAGAUGGGUAUGCGGACAGCAAAAAGUACUUCGGGUGGAAAUACAGAUACGGAUAAAGGGGUGCGGUUGAUACUGGAGUUCGCGACUGCGUAUGCUAUUACUAAGGCGAUGUUGCCUGUCAGGAUUGUGCUUAGUGUUUGGGCUACGCCAUGGUUUGCGCGGGGUGUGCUUGGGCCUGUGGGAAGGGCGGUUGGGAAGGUGUUUGGCAGGAAGGCUUAGAUCUGUACAGUAUCUUCUAUUUUUUGGACUUGAUUUUGGCUGUGGCACGACAUAUACAAAAUGCAAAAGGCACGUUGGGAAAUAUCAACAAAUAGUAAGAUUGAUCCCCGGCAGAUCUUGAAAUUCGUCUAAACUAUUAUUUCCUUUCUCGUUGUGUCAUUAACUUAUCAUAAUAGUGAGGGUCGCGCGACAUGAUGGAUCUACUCGUAGAUCCAGUUGGCCUGGCUUUGCUGGUACUGGACGAGCUCCUCAGGCUUGAACCAGAGGGCAAUUUCCUUCUUGGCGUUCUCGACGCUGUCGGAUCCGUGGCAGACGUUGCGGCCGACAUCCUAUGGAAUUUGGUCAGUGCUGCAAUUGAGGAAUAGGGAUCUUAGAGGCUCCUAGUAACUUACAAUAGCGAAGUCACCGCGGAUAGUGCCAGGGGCGGAAGCGAGGGGGUUGGUGGCACCGAGGAUGGCUGUUGUUGGACAAGAUUAGAUAAGAGAUGGUGAGAUGACAGGUUGAGUCUAUACAUACCACGGCCAGUCUUGACGGCAUCACGGCCCUCCCAAACCAUGGCGCAGAUAGGGCCACUCAACAUAUCUAAGAUUGUGUCAGCCCCCAGUAUUAGGGAAAAGUAUUGAGUCUUCAGGCGAAGAAAUAGAGGGGUAUACGAACAGGUAACGAGGCCCUUGAAGAAAGGCUUGCUGGAGAGAUCCUCAUAAUGCUUCUCGAGAUGCUCCUUGGAAGGGGUGACGAGCUUGAUGGCAGCAAGUUUGUACCUAUGUCCGUUAGAACCGUUGCGGUUCAUCAGUUCCGCCACAGAAACAACAUCCCACCCACACUUACCCGCGGUUCUCGAAGCGGCUGAUGAUGGGACCGACGAGUCCACGCUAGAUAGGGAAUGUUAGCUCCCAAGUGACAGAACCAAUCCUCGUGACACACAAAAGUAUAAGUAAAAUGCU